CCCUCACCCUCACUCACUUCACACUCACUCCCCCCGUCUCUCUCUCUCUCUCUCUGCGCUUGCUCGAUUGCUUCUUCUUCGAUGGGAUUCGACGCGGAUUCCACGCCGCCAUCCUCCCCGUCCUCGCUGAAGCAGCGCCUCCGGUCCUCGAUCUGCUUCUCCUGCUGCUUCCGCGGCGCCGCCGCCCGCGAAGAGCGGCCGGCGUCGCUGAUCCGGUCCUCCACGGUCUGGCUCCGAUCCAAGGCGCAGGACCUGCCGGAGAUCGGGGGCAGGUGUCGCGGCCUGGUGGCGAGGAUCGGGAGGCACCGCGGCCGCCCCCACACCGGCGACUUCCACUACGACGCACUCAGCUACUCCCUCAACUUUGACGAGGGACCCACCGACGACGACGGCGACGACCCCGCCGCGGCCGAUCAGCCUCCCAGGUACCGCGGCUUCUCCUCCCGCCUUCCGCCCUCCCCGCCUCCCCCGCCGCUGCGGCCGGCCGUCGGGAUCGCGUGCUAAGUCCCGUCUCGAUCGAUCCACAUCCUUUUCUUGUACAUACACGUGUGACGUUCUCUGCCGUUCGAUGCUUGUGUUUUUUACCAUCUCAAAGCAUUUCUUCCUCCUCGUCAAGGAGAAGGACGCUA